AUGAAUAAAAUAUAAUUCCACUCUUUGCAGGUAAUACCUACAAAAAUGGAAUUCAAGAUGUUCAAGCCAAAAUUGAAUUAUAUUGUAAAAUAAGUUCAUCGUUUAAAAUGUGUAAUGUUGAACAAAAUAGAUAUUGAACUCAUAAUAGAUUAAAUAAUAUUUAUAGUUGAGCUAUUGAUAGCUGGUUAAGUAUUUCUUAAUUUAUCAUAAUAGUUUGGUGCACCUUCAUUAGCUUAUUUAAAUGAAUUACUUAAGAUAUUAGUAACAACUUUCAAUUCAUUUAAACAGAAUUAAUUAGGAUAUGUAAUAACAAAUAUGGAAACAUUAAAAAAAUAGACGAACUAAGAUUAUUUGAAAAGCUUUAAGCAAGGAAGUUCCAGAAAUUAAAAAAUAGCAAAUCAAUUAUAAAAGUAAAACAUGAUAUAAAAUAUUAUAGAAUCUAGAAAAGAAUACUUACAAUUAUUCGAAUAGCAUAUGCCUAAUCAUUCUUAUUUUGGUUGGAUGAACAUUAACCUGAUUAAAGUACUGCCUUAAAAAGUAAGCGAAUAUUAGUUGAAACCAAAACGUAUAUCAAAAUAAUCAUUUAUUAAUUAAAAUAGAUUAUUACAUAGUAAAUUAAAAGAAUUAGAUUUAGAAAAGCAUAGUAAGAUUGUGUGUAGAAUUUGCGAAUAAUUAAUAGAAGUAGAAAUAAUGGUAGCCCAUUGUAUAACGUGUUAGAAAAAGGCGGAAUAAAGCAAGAAAUUAUUAUAACUAAAUCUAUAGCUAACCGAUGCUUCAUAAUUAGCAUAUAAAUUAAAACAUGAUGUAUAAUUAAAAUUAGGAAGACUAAGUUUUUAAGAAUAAAAGCAAAAUCGUUUAAAAUAAAAAAAGCAGGAGGAAGAAAAAAAAUCAUUUAGAUCAUUAAGACGAACAUUUACAACCCAUAUAGAAGAUAACAAAAUAUUUUAGGAAGAGGAAGAAAAAAAUAAAACAAAAAAACAAUUAGCUUUAAUUAAUUCAGUAAUGACAAUUAUUGUGAAUUACACUGAAAAAGUACUUAAUAGCAAUACUAAUAAUGAGGAUAAUAAACGUAAUAUUAAAUUUAAAUAAUAGUAAAUCGCAUCACAUUUGAUGAAUUGACUGAUGCAAAAUGUAAUAUAGUAACCAAUGAAAUAAAUGAAGUAGCCCUAGAAAUCAUAGAAAAGGCGCGAUCUUGCAUUUAUGAUAGGAUGGAAUAUUUUAAGAUUCUGUAAAAUUUAGAAACUUAAUAAAUUUAAGAGAGCCAAAAAAUAUAACCUUAUAUUGAAAUAGAUUUAAAACAAAAAUAUAAGAAUUCCAAUUCUAGUUCUUUCAGAAUUUCAAAAUUCAAUAAUGCAACACCUACAAGUUAAUCAAAAAUAAAACAAAAUGAUACAAUAAAUGAAGAGAAUCAUGAAAAUCUUCUCUGUCAGACUCCAAAGAUAAACAACAAUAAAAUAAAAAAUGUUAUGUCUAUUAUAAAGUAUAUUUAAUUCUAAUAAUUAGUAAAGAAAAAUUUAAGACAAGAAAUAGUGGAAGUGCAAAUGAAAUUAAAAGAAGAGAUAGUCUGACUAUGAUGUCUAUGACCAGAUCUCAAGUAUUAGUUAGUAAUUAGAUAUAGAAGACAUAAAUAAAUUAGGGAACUUUAGAAGAAUAGACACAAUUUUAAUCUAAUCCGGCAUCUAAGAUUUUAGAUAGAAUUUGUAAUCUAUCUAAUUCUUCUGAUGUUUUAAUGAGUCCAAUAUCCAAUAAGCCAUCUUUAUUUAGAAAGGCUUAAUCUCCGACAGCAGAAGAUUUGGUUAUUGAAUCUUCUGCUUAAACUCCUUUGAGACGCAUGGUUUCAUCAGAUAAGAAUGAAUCUCCCGAUAAUUAAAAAAUUUGUUCAAUUGCUGAUAUUGCUUAAUGUGAUUCUGAUUAGGAACUUCCGAUCAAAAAUGAGGAAUAAUUACUUUCAAUUGACCUUGAUAGAUAAAGAGAUUCUGUUGAAGAAAUUCAAAAAGACAAAGAUCAAAAUGUCAUAAAUUCUUUUGAAAAGAUUAAUUAAAGUGAGUCCGAUUUAGAGAACAAAUCAAAUUAGGCUAAAAACUCAACACCUAAUUCUAAUUAGAAUUCGAAUUAAGAAAUGAAAAAUUCUUAAUACAAUAGUAUGAAGAACAGCGGAAGAAAUAUUAUGAUGAAUAUGAUGAUGAAAGGGAGUCGAAAACUACCUUUAUAUUCAUUAAAAUCAGAAAUUUCAAGACCUUUGGAUAUAGAUUUAUGUUUCACAUAAUCUGAAUAGAUAAUAACGGAAUCUCAAUUUACAGCUUCACCACCAAAAAUAGAUAAUAAUGAACUAAGUCCUAGUAGUUCAUCUUCUAGUAAUAAUAUAGAAAUUGUGUAGUCAGAUGAAAUUAAUCACGAAGAAGAUUUUGAUAGAGUAGUUCGAAAACCUAAAAAAAGCAUUUUCCAUCCUGAAAAUUCUAAAAAUAUUAAACUUAAAAACAACAUGAAAUUAAGUAUUGCUGUAUAAGCAUAAAACUUUAAGCAAUCGUUUGAUUUUGAAGUGAUAACAGUUGAUAGAGGUUAUAAUUCAGAUUCUGAAUUUGUAAGUAUAAAUGCAGAAAAGAAAACAUAAACAUAAGAAAUAGGGUUAAAAGAUUUUCAAUUUAUCAAGCCAUUAGGACAAGGAGCUUUUGGAUGGGUAUUUUUGGUGAAAAAGAAAACAUCAGGAGAUUUGUAUGCGAUGAAAAUUAUAGAUUGCUCUUAAAAAGUAUGCAAAUGAAUUUAAUAUUAAUUAGUAAUUGGAAACAAAAUUAGACACAUUGAAAGCUGAAAGAAAUAUUUUUGAAAUACUCUCAGGAGAAUUUGUUGUGAAAGCUUAUUUUUCUUUUAGUCAUGAAUAAUAUUUGUGUUUUGUCCAAGAGUACAUGGUAGGAGGAGAUUUUUCUCAUAUUUUAAAGAUGUAUACGGUAACUUAAAUAUAUAUUUAAAGGCUUUAGAUGAAGAAUAUGUAAGGCACUAUAUUGCUGAAAUAGUUUUAGCCCUUGAGUAUCUAAGAUCUAAGAAAAUUGUACAUAGAGAUUUAAAACCUGAUAAUAUUUUAUUGGAUAAAUAAGGACAUGCUAAAUUGGCUGAUUUUGGACUCUCAGAAGUUGGAUUCAAUAAUAGAUUAAAAUUAAAAUUACUAUAAUAGGAUAUAGAAUCGUAAAAUACUAAUAUUUAUCAUUUAGGAUCACAAUACCAGAAUUUGCUGAUCAUAACGAUCCUAAAUUCAAUACAAUUUUCGAUUUAAAGCUACCUCAAGCAUAAUAAGUGAUUAAAUUAAGUACAUAAAAUCAAAGCAGUAAAAAUAAAAGGAUUGUAGGAACUCCAGAUUAUAUAGCUCCAGAAGUUUUAAAAGGAGAAUCUUUAACAAAUAGUAGUUUAGACUAUUGGAGUCUAGGAGUUAUAAUGUAUGAAAUGCUUUGUGGAAUUCCUCCUUUUAACGAUGAUUCUGUUGAAAAAAUCUUUGAAAACAUUUUAAAUUAUAAAAUUGAAUGGCCAAAUGUGAGUGACGUAGAAGAAGAAAGUAUUUCACAUAAUGCUUAUGAUUUAAUGUGUCGUUUAAUGGAACCUGAUUAUAGAAAAAGAAUUGGACAUUUAGAUAUAAAUGAAAUAAAAUAACAUAAUUUUUUUAAUGAAGUUGAUUGGAAUAGAAUUCUUUAAAUGAAUGGAUUGAUUGUACCAAAAAUAAUAUUAAAAGAAGGAGAGAAUGAUAAUAAAAAUAAUGAAAAAGUUGAAUAAUUUUUAAAUAAUCUUGAAAAAAAAGAAAUAAAAAAUUAAACAUUAACUUGUAAAUUGAAAAAUCAAUUAUCAAAUUUAGAAAGAUUAGAUUUAUUAGUUAAAUUAAGUUUAGAAGAAGCAACUUAUAAAUUGUAUAUAUUUAUAUUAAGAUUAGAUCAAAGAUAUAAAAUAAUUAAUAUAAAUUAAAGAAACUCUUAAAUAAAAUAAAUAAUUAUGAAUAAAAAAAUUAAACUUAAAUGUUUUUAUUAUAUGAAGAUGUAUUUUGA